AUGAGCGGAGAAAAGAUCUACGAAGGCGUAUUCGCCGUCCACAAACCCCAAGGCGUGAGCUCUGCGGACGUGAUCCGCACGCUUCAGAAACACUUCAACCCGUCCGCGCUCUUCCAACCGUGGCUGGCGCACGAGCGCGCGCGGCGCGACCGGGAGAACCAAUUCCAGCGGCGGCGGCGGCGCACGCAGCGCCUGGACCUGAAGAUCGGGCACGGGGGCACGCUGGACCCGCUGGCGACGGGGGUGCUGGUGGCGGGCGUCGGCAAGGGCACCAAGUACCUCAACAACUUCCUGGGGUGCACCAAGACCUACGAGACGGUGGUGCUGUUCGGCGCCGAGACCGACACCUACGACGUCCUGGGGAAGGUGGUGCGUCGCGCGCCCUACGAGCACAUCACCCGCGAGGCGGUCGAGCGCGCCCUCGACCAGUUCCGCGGCAAGAUCAUGCAGCGCCCGCCUAUCUUUAGUGCGUUGCGUGUGCAGGGGAAGCGGUUGUAUGAGUAUGCCAGGGAGGGGGUGGAGCCGCCCGUUGAGAUUAAGGCGAGGCCCGUGGAGGUCUUGGAUUUGAGGGUUGUCGAGUGGUUUGAGCCGGGGACGCAUGAGUACAAGUGGCCCGAGGUGGAGGCCGUGGGGGAGGAGAGGGAGGUUGCGGAGCGCAUGUUGAGGAAGGAGGAUGCUCUUCCGGUUGGGGAGGGUGUUGAGGCUGCUGAGGAGGGGGCGGGGAAGCGGAAGGCUGAGGCUGAGGCGGAGGCCUCGCCUCCUGCUGAGACUCCCAAGGUCGAGGAGGGAAGUGGCCCCGUGGCUGGCGCGGAAGAGUCCGAGGAGGCCCCCGCUGCCAAGAGGGUCAAGGUGUCUGAGGACGGUGACAGCGUUCCUGCACAGUCUGGGGAGGCCGCCGCGGCGGAGUCGUCAAGCGCCCCGGAAGCGACCGAGAAGAAAGAGGAAGCACCCGCUCGGCCCCAGCCCGCGGCUGUGAAGAUCACCAUGACCGUCUCGUCCGGCUUCUAUGUUCGCUCCUUGGCGCACGACCUGGGCAAGGCCGUCGGCAGCUGCGGACUGAUGAGCUCCCUGGUCCGCUCUCGUCAGGCCGACUUCGUGCUGGAGCCCGAGAAGGUGCUCGAAUACAAGGACCUCGAGGCCGGCGAGGAGGUCUGGGGCCCCAAGGUGCAGCAGUUCCUGCAAGAAUGGGAGGACAAGAGAGCCGCUGAAAACGAGGCCGAGGGAAAAAACUAA